AUGACUAGCAACGAGAAUAUUCCUCCCGAAGACAUUGCCAGCAAGGAGAACACUUCCACCACAGAUUCCAAGCAUGAAGUCAAGGUCCCUGUCAGCGACGAAGGAAGUCUUCCGAGCUUGAUGGGGCCUCUCGUGAUCCGAUCCAGCAACAGGUCCCGUUCAACCACUGCCAACGACCGCCGCUCUCCUGAGACACCUUCCGGCCCUCAAGACAGCAAGCUCGACCACGACAAUCUUGAACAGAAUCAUCGACCUGAAGAAAACGACGCCGAGCUCAGCGAACUCGACUUAGGUGACAACGACAUCGAAAAUGAUCAGGAGGAUGGAGACGAAUACGAUUUCGAGUACGAAGACGAUGACAUCCCCAUCGAUGACGACCCUUUCUUCGGUGUGGCAGACACCAAAAAGGCCUUAAAGUUUUCGACCGAAGACCAAAUGGAUUCCAUCAUGAAGAUCAUGGAAGCGAAUGAGAAGGCUGCCGAUGAAGAAGCCAAAAACCAGAAGGCCAUCCAGAGAAUCUUAUCAGAACAUGUCGGACCUCCUGCUCUGAUCAGCAACGACAACACCUACAACGACGACCUUCCUGACCUGAUUGAGCCUCCUCACCCUCUACUGAAGGACCAGAACUACAACGCCACAGACAUGUUGAUCAGCGUCAGGUCUGAUUUCGGAGGAGAUGUUUACCACGUCGUCGGUAUGACUGAGCCGCUGGGAAAGAUGAAGAUGAAGUUUUUGNAAUCCGUCAACCUGGACCCAUCUGAGUAUCAUACGGUUGAGUUCGUGUGCGGAGACCAUGUCAUUCAGGACAAUGAUACUGUCGAGAAGGUUUGCUGUUUACCUUGUCGCUUUUAUGUGCAAACCGCUGACACAGCUGCAGNNCUUCUCAUUGGACCUGAAUCCAUCAUCUUCUGCCAGAAGAUUGAAGCCACGCACGACGACCCUCCUUUCUGA